UAAUCGACACUUUUCGUUCAGACCAAACGUCAAACACUUGGAAUUAGAAAACCACCCCUUAAACCCCCCGGAUUCCGCCUUGAACUGCCACGCUCCGGCUGCCGGAAUCCACACCUCUUCCACGCUCCCACGUUGCAGAUAGAGAGAGGCUCAUAAUUUUGCCGAUAAGCGAUGGGAAGAGGGUAAAGCGUGGUCUGCGGUCUUAUGGCAUAUCGGAGUACUAAUUAUAAGGAGCAGCGUGGCGAAGAAACCGUGCGGAACUUGAUCGUCCUCACCCUAAAGCGAUGAAGAAUUUGAAUUGCUUCGUCCAGUUCCUUCUCGUGCUCUCUAUCGGCUUCACUCCAAAUGUGGAAGCAUUCACUGGAACAUAUGGCAUAAAUUAUGGCAGAAUUGCAGAUAACAUUCCCUCUCCUGAUAACGUCGCUAAACUCCUCCGAGCAGCAAAGAUUAAGAAUGUUCGGAUAUACGAUGCUGACCAGAGUGUCCUCAAGGCCUUCAGUGGAACAGGGCUUGAAUUAGUGAUUGGACUUCCAAAUGGUAACCUGAAAGAUAUGAGUUAUAACCCCGACCAUGCCUUGACAUGGGUCAAAGAAAAUGUCCAGGCAUUCCUUCCGGAGACAAAUAUUGUUGGGAUUGCUGUGGGAAAUGAAGUUCUGGGGGGGACUGAUCAAUCACUUUGGGAAGCACUUUUGGGUGCAGUGAAAAAUGUUCACAAUGCCACGAAAAAGCUUCAGUUGGCUGAUUCAAUCCAGAUUUCCACUGCACAUUCACAGGCUGUUUUUGAGAAUUCAUACCCUCCCUCUUCAUGUACUUUCAGAGACAAUGUUGUGCAAUAUAUGAAGCCACUCUUGGAGUUCUUCUCACAGAUAGGGUCACCUUUCUGUUUGAAUGCUUACCCAUUUCUGGCCUACACAUAUAAUCCAAGUGAAAUUGAUCUAAAUUAUACUCUUUUCCAGUCAAACAAGGGUAUAUAUGAUCAGAAAGUUGACCUGCAUUAUGACAACAUGCUUGAUGCUCAGGUUGAUGCAGCAUAUGCUGCUCUUGAAGAUGCUGGAUUUAAAAAGAUGGAAGUUAUAGUUACAGAGACUGGCUGGGCUUCUCAUGGAGAUCAAAAUGAAGCUGCCGCUACCAUAAACAAUGCAAGGACUUACAAUUAUAACCUGCGUAAGAGGCUUGCCAAGAAGAAGGGAACCCCACGGCGACCAAAGAAUGCGUUGAAGGCAUAUAUCUUUGCACUCUUUAAUGAGAAUUUGAAGCCUGGUGCAACUUCAGAGAGGAACUUUGGGCUAUAUAAACCUGAUGGGAACAUUUCUUAUGACAUUGGGUUUGCUGGGAUGAAAUCUUCAUCUGCAGCUUCAUCUAUUUUGUCAUUAAAGGAUUUUCUAGGUAAAGGUUGGUUUGGAUCCUGCUCCUUGGUUUUGGUCACCUCUGCUCUGAUGCUGCUACUCGGUUUAAGUUCAUGAUAAAGCAAAUUUUGGGGCACUCCUAGAUUUAUACAAUGAACUGACUUAUAAGAGCCAUAGGUUUGGUAUCUCAUAUCCUAUUUGAGCACAUCAUCAAUUCUUGUUACCGUGAGAAAUGGCAGUAGGAUUUGCUGAUCAUUUUUAUCUGCUUCAGCAAUGUAUAUUUUUUUAGUGCACGCCAAAUAAAUCUUCUCCCCAUAUUUGUAUCUCACGUCAUAUUACAGGGCAUCAUCGGUGUAUUAUCAUCCAUUCUUGCCAUCUACAGACUCACUGUAGGAAUUAUCGAUAGAUUUUAUCUAUUUAAGCAAUGUUCAUUGGUUUAGUGCCAGAUUAUCUUCU